GGGCCAGCCUUGGCGCUUGCUCACCGGCGGCCGCUUCCGCCGGGGCCCUCCGGCCUGAGGGGCUGCGGCCCUUCCCGCCGCCCCGGCGAGGCUGGGCUCAGCCUGCGGGGGGCCAGGCCCGGCGGCCGGUGCGAGCCGAGCUUGGCUCGCUGCGCCCGCUGCCUCCUCCUCCCUCUGGCUUCUGCUUCCGCGCUUAGGAGGAAGUUUUUUCCCGAAGUUUUUCGGUGUGGGGUUUUCUGUGUGUUACCUGUGUAACUGAUUGAGGGCUGUGUAUGUGCGCGUUCUGAAGAAAGCAGUGUUCCUUAACAAGGAGUUAACAUCAAGAACUUAAAAGGAAACUGAAUAUUCUGACUCGUCCUAGUGGAAUUUCAGUGGACAGCUCCAAAUAUGAUGGGCCUCUGUUACAGAUUUUAUUUAUGAACAAUGUCAUUUCAAAGCAAUAUCAUCAAGAAAUUGAAGAUUUUGUUUUUAAUUUAGUUCAGAAAUAUGAAGAGCAACAGAAAUCUGAAAUAGAAAAAACCCACUUCAACGUUAAGCCACAGCCCUCCAGUAUUCUUUUGGAAGAGGACUCUAAAGCAGCAAGCUCGAAUUCUGUUAAAAAAAUGAAGGAAGCCUUCAGUGUUGUAGGAAGUGUUCUGUAUUUUACCAAUUUUUGUCUUGAUAAACUGGGACAGCCUAUAUUAAAUGAGAAUCCACAGCUGACAGAAGGAUGGGAAAUACCUAAAUAUCAGCAAGUUUUCAGCCAGAUUCUCUCCCUAGAUGGACAAGAAAUACAAGUAAAACCAAAAAGGCCAAAACCUCAUUGUUUCAAUUGCGGUUCUGAAGACCAUCAAAUGAAAGACUGUCCAAAGCCACGAAAUGCUGCUCGGAUAAGUGAGAAGAGAAAGGAGUAUUUGGAAGCUUGUGGUGAAGCAAGCAAUCAGAAUUUUCAGCAGCGUUAUCAUGCAGAAGAAGUAGAAGAGAGAUUUGGAAAAUUUAAACCAGGAGUAAUUAGUGAAGAACUUCAAGAUGCACUUGGUGUCACGGAUAAGAGUCUUCCUCCAUUUAUAUAUCGCAUGCGUCAGCUGGGUUAUCCUCCAGGUUGGCUCAAAGAGGCUGAAAUGGAGCACUCGGGCCUUGCACUUUAUGAUGGAAAAGAUGAUGGUGAAACAGAAGAUGAAGGAUCCCAUCAACCAAAACGUGUCACUUACGAUGUCUCUAAGUUGAUAAACUAUCCAGGCUUUAAUAUGUCCACUCCAAGUGGGAUCCCAGAUGAAUGGCAGAUAUUUGGUUCCAUACCCAUGCAGCCAUCUCAACAGAAGGACGUUUUUGCUAACUACCUUUCUAACUUUCAUGCGUCAAGUACAAAAUCAAGCAAUAAAAGGGCUGCAACGCAGCCAAGCCCUCAUCGUUCAAAGCGACCAAAAGAAGACAACUUGGAGGUACCAGCAGCUGAUAUGGACCUAGAUUCUGAUUUGGAAGUGUCACAAAGAUCUCAAACUCGUAACAGUUUUCAGUUCCAGCCUCCGUUGCCACCUGGUCCUCCAUCGAGCUCAACUCCUCCUCCUUUACCACGAGGGACACCUCCGCUUACUCCACUAAAUUCUACACCGCCUCAACCUCCAACACCCACUCCCCCUCCUCUUCCUAGGACUACUCCACCAUUGACUCUUUCCAGUGAUAUUUCUCAGCCCAAAAUUGUGGACUCGACCAUGGAUGAGGAUACUCUGACUUUAGAAGAGCUAGAGGAACAGCAGCGAUUAAUUUGGGCAGCACUAGAGCAGGCAGAAAGCACGAACAGUGACUCUGAUAUUCCUGUUGAUACACCUUUAACUGGAAACUCUGUUACAUCAUCACCAUCUAGGAAUGAAGUAGAUCUUGUUGCAGAAGUAAGAUCAUCUGACAAGGUGGUUACAGUGGAAACUAAGUUUUCUGACAUAAGUGCGCAGGUACCAGGAAAUGAACAUUCUGAAACUAGUCCUAAUCCAGGGGAUAGUUCACUUAAUUUAAAGGAAAAUCCUGAUAAUGCAGAUUCUGAAGGCAUGCUGGAUAACACCACUGCUGCUCCCAGAGUUGAGGUUAGCAAUGGAGGAAAUACAGGUGUUAAUCAACUGAUCACAAGCACUGAAUCAUCUGCAAAAAACUCCAGUCCUAUUCCUGACAUGAGCAAGUUUGCUGCAGGAAUAACACCAUUUGAAUUUGAAAAUAUGGCAGAAUCAACAGGUGUUUAUCUACGCAUACGAAGUGUUUUAAAAAAUUCCCCUAGAAACCAGCAAAAGAAAAAGCCCUCAUCUUAGCUGGUCUUCCUUUGUUCCAUUAUGUCCAAAUCCCUGCGCCCUUCUCUCUCCUCCUCCAAUUUUACAAAGUUAGAUAAUCUUCUUCUGCCUUUGGUGGGAAGGAGAAACUCUGGAAAAAUACAGGUCUUCUUGGAACUGCAGUCAGUGCAGGGCUUCCGUAUUGACCAGAACCAAUGCUGCCAGAAAAUAUACAGGAAUUUCCCAUUUCCUUCCACUAAGGAAUAACAGGACUGUUGAUUUGUUAAGAACAAUUUACUUGCCAAUACAUGAAACUCGAAGAAGUUGUGGGUUGGUGUUCAUUACUUUGGCUAAAAUUUAUAUUGUCCUUGAGUUUCAGGUGGAUUGGUGAUUUUUUUUUAAUCUGUUCUUUGUACAAUAACCUAUACUUUAUACGUUUUGCUAAUUAUCCUGUAGAUAACUUUAAUAUAUUCAGAAUGUUUUUAAAAAGGGUGAACAUAAAGAUUUCCCACAUCUAAAUCCUGGCAAUUGGAUGGAAGUAAUGAGGGACUACCAGCAUUAUCUUCACCAUUUCAAAUAUUUUUAUAAAUUAUUUAUGUGGGUCAGUUUUAAGUACCACUAUAUCUUUUGUAACAUCCUCCUUCAUGUAAACUUGCUGUACAUACCUGUUCAUUUUUGUGUACAGAGGUUUAAUAAAUGAGUUUUUAUAUAAAGAUUUUUUUUAAUUGGAGUCCUAAACCCUCAAAAUGCUGAUUUUUGGAAAAGAGCUGCUGAAGAUAAUUCGAAAAACAAGCUGAUUAAAAUGAGGAUGAACAGAGUUGAAUAUUUUAGGAAAGGUUACAACUUGUGGUUUAAGUUUUUAUGAUCAAGAAGUUAUUAAAAUUAUUUUAGCUACUUAAAUAGAAAGCUGCCAUAUCAUGCAGUUUUCAUAAUCUGGAGAAUGUAGUCUUCUCAAAGGACAAACCUGGAAGUGUUACAAUUCUGCUAAUUGUUCUAACUUUUUUUUUUCUCCUCUUAAUUCUCUCCAUGAAGGACCUACUGGUGGAAUGGCUGUCUAUUAUUUGCAUUGCCAGCAGAGGGAGUACUAGAUUGCCUUAACAGUAUUCAUUGGAGCCACUAAAGCAUGUGUUUGUCCUGUGUAAGUGCAGGAAAAAAAGUCUUUCUAGCCAAGUGAGAUGCGCAGUGAAGCAAAGUAUUGUCAGGUAUCUAAGAAAAUACUUGAGGGGGACCCGUUCAAGGGUGUUUUUGGUAACAGCUUAAAAGACUGAACCUAUUCUUUAGAAACCUCAGUUUUGUAGAUAAUAGGCAUAUAUUUCCUUACAUUCCUCAUAAUCUGUGGAAUUGGUAUACUCUGCUUUUGAACACUUAAAAACAACUUUUUUGUAGUUAAAGCAUUUAUAUUUGUUUCUCUUUAUUGUUCUAAACUUUCUGGGAAGGGAAAACCAAAAUGAUUCUUUUAUAUAAGAACUGCUCAAAAAAAGUUUGUUUGCAGCACGUACCAGUUCAGUUUAUCUGGUCACACGUGGAAAGCGGUGGUCAGGAUAAAGUGUUCAUCAGAGGUACUAAAACAAAUGUCUUUUUUAUUUCAUCCUUUUAAGGAUAAAUUAAGGGUAUUGAUUUUUGGAACAGGGAUGGAUAGUGAAAUAGUACGUGGUUUCCAUAAAGAUCCUGUGCUUUCUCCAUGCUUCCUCCCCCUAGAAGUUAAAAACUAGUAAUCACAGUUUACAUAACCCAUUAUGUGCUGUGUGCUGCAUCAUUCACACGUGGAUGAUAAUGUGAGGCAAGACAUGAGGUAAUGAUUUAAAGUGUACACACCUUUUGGGUGUGUUGAGGUAAUCAUGUUUUAAACAUGAAGUUCUUUCUCCACACCCUAGAAGAUCUUUUUUAUAGCUCUUAUGAAAUGCUGUUUCUUUAGUAGAACAUACAGCCUAAACUUUACAGGCAUGCUUACAUACUUCUGCUUUGCUUACACCCCAAGAUUAAAAUCGUCUAUAUAUUAUAAGCCUACUACCCUCUAACACUAUACUUAGCUCUGUAUGUUCACAAGAAAUUCAUAAUAAAUCACCUUCCUCUUAACUGAGCAGAACAGAUGAGUCUUCUAACUUUCUACAAGUUCUCGGACUUGCUGAUAACACAGUUAUUAAUUUUAUUGCUUCCAAGAUUUGUUUUAAAUGUAUUGGAAUAAAAUGAAGUCAUUUCAGCAACCCAGGUUUUAAUCUAAUGCUAAAUUCUAGUUUGAAUAUGCUUUAUUGAUUUAUAAAGCUUUUAAUUAUAAGUUGUUCAGCAGCAUUUUUUUUUAUUGCUCUGACCACUCUUACAGUUGCUGCACGCAAACUACUUAGAUGUGGAUUUUUUUUUAUUUUUUGAAAGAAAUGUCUGCUGGUGUCUGAAGCAAAUGUUAUUGUUGGGGCUCAGGGAGGGCAUGGAGAAUGUUUUAUAUCCAUUGGAAUUUUUGGCCAGAGUGACUAGUUGUUCAAACUAGGAAAUGUUUUUGUUCUCCAUCUGUAAUUUGAUGCAAUUGGUUGCCGACAGCCAAUGCUGUCAUACCUGCUUACACCCUCAAAUUAAAAUUCACACAAUUUGGAUA